AUGCGCUUCUUCUCUGUACUGGCAUCAGCCAGCUUGGCUCUCGUGGCUACUGCCCACCCUGGUCCCCAUGUUGAGCGCUCCAAUGCCGAAAUGGCGCGCAAGGCAAAGCUCUCCGGUCGUUGUGAGCAACAUGUCGCUCAAUUCAACGCAAAGCGUUGGAAGAGGGAUCUCACGGGUCCUGGAAACACGACUGUCCAGAUCCAAACGCAGGCCCCCCAUUAUGAGGCUCUGCAGAAUGACACCUGUGUUCUAACCCCUGAGGUCACUGCAGGCCCAUACUAUUGGCCAAGGUCUCAGACCCUCCGACAGGAUAUGACCGAAGAUCAGGUUGGAGUGCCCCUGUGGCUGGAUAUUGGAGUUAUGGACAUGGCCACCUGUGCUCCUUUGGAGGGCGUGAUGGUUGACUUCUGGCACUGCAAUGCGACGGGAAGCUACUCUAGCUUCACCGAGUUGUCUCCCAACGUCAAGUUCCCUACGCUACUUGCCGAGGAGGGUAAAAACAUCUCAAACUUUGUUGUCGGCAGCACGGACAUUCACACCGACUCCUCAACUUGGCUUCGGGGCAUGUGGCCAACCGAUAAGCACGGAAUGAUGCAAAUGAAGACUAUUUUCCCAGGUUUCUACAUUGAGAGAGCAAUCCAUAUUCACGUCCAAGUGCACACUGAUUGGACUACUCGCGAAAACGGAACGCUGGUCUUCGAGAAUACCGUCAGUACCGGACAACUAUACUUCGAGGAAGCGCUAGAGGAGAAGAUCAUGGCAAUGGAGCCUUACGCCUCCCACACCCAGAUUAACCGCACCCGCAAUGACGUGGACAUGGAAUUUUCCAAAGGUACUAAGAAUGGAUACAACCCAGUUGUCUCGGUUGUCGCUAUCGAUGAGAAUGAUCUCUCGAAGGGCUUGAUUGGGUCCAUCACAAUUGGAGUGGAUACCACGGCUGUUGAGGAUGAGCAUUGGUCUGCAUCUUGA